AUGGAUCCACCGCGUCGUCGUCGUCAACCUCGUUUCAAAAUAACUUGGUGGAUGCGAACAAAGUAUAACAUCAAAAAAUGGUUCAGUAAAUUGUUCAGUACCCGCUUUGAGCUUCGUGGAAGCGUCACUCGUCUUCGACAUAUCUAUCCGCAUCCAUACUUAGCCCUCCUUCGUCUUUUCAUACCAUUUCCAUCGUGGAGCUUUCCGUUACCUGAACCUGUUGCCCCUUCAGUCAUCGCACAGAACGAAAAAUUAUACAGAGUUCGCAACGAAUGCCAUGGAACUCUUCGCAAUGUUCCUGUCUGGCAAGCUCGUGACACUCCACUCCGCUGUGUUUACCGCAUGUAUGAGAUCUUGAUGAUGGGUGAUUAUGUUCCAUUGGGCAGCGAGACAGAAUAUUUUUGGUAUCAGUCGACGGAGAAAUGGUCUUUAAGUUCAAUACCAGAUCCGAAAGAUCCUGAUCCAAUCCGCUAUGCAAUUGUUGCAUGUAUAGUGGAAGAGUUAGUACGCGCUUUUAACUGGAGGUUGGCUCUAGGAAUGCGUCGAGAUGGGAAACACAUUCGACGGAAGAACGAAGGUGAUCCAUAUCCCCCGUAUACUCAAGUUUUUGGACCCGAUUGGACACGUUCUGUACCUUCCAUUGAGCCGAAUUUGCUAAGAGAAUUACCAUCUGAAAUGGUGACUGAGAGUGGAAAAUUGGUUCUGGAAGAACAUGGAUGCGACGAAAACUUUGAGAAACGGAAUAUCAUCACGAAUGUCGGUUGGUUUUAUACAGUGUGA